CCUUUUUCGAGAGUCAAUCCUAUAGCAAGGCAUGAGUGUUAUAAGAGAAGCCAUGGUCGCUGGCCAUGAUGUCAAUGCAGCUUUGUUCGCAGUUCAAUACCAUCAUAUUAAACAUUCUCAUCUUCUCUCAAUCUUAGCUUCCGAUAUUAUAGCCAUCACCAGUCGCAUAGGCGUAUCACCACAACCCCUUUACUAAACAAUACUCAACUAUGCGUCCCUCCGUACUUAUCAUUGCCAUGUCGGCAACAAUCUUAGCGCUCCCGCGACCGCUUCCAUCAGGUGUAGAUGAUGCAUCGGGCGCAAUUUUGGGGGGCUUGAAUAGUGGCCUAAAUGGUGUACUUGGCUCACCUGAUGAAGAUUACAAGGGAGAGUGUCAUUAUCGCCAUAAGGAGGAUAUCGCGACGUGUAUAGAUUCGUGUGUGGCGCAUUGUGCGGAAUAUCCAGAAGGUUGCAACAGCUGUAUAAGAGGAUGCUCUUCUCAAUAUGGUUGUAAGAGCCAUCACGAUGACCACCAUAACGGCAACCACGACGGCAAGAAGCAUCAUCACGAUAGACCCGAUCGCCGAGGCGAUGCGCCGAAUCCAGGUGACGGUGACGAGGAUUGGGAAUAAACUGCCAAUUUUAAUAUUGGAUCUACAGAAAAAUAGUAAUUCACCUCAACUCUGGGAGUUGUCAGCACCACUUAAUAAGAUACCAUUGGACAGAGACGGGAAUAAUGGCCUAAGGGACGUUACGAUU